AAAGCACCAAUCUGUGUUUGGCACAUGUGACAUUUGAUCAGGAGGUUGAAGGUUGUCAUGCCUCAUGGCUAAACUGGAGGGAAAGAACAGGGAGGGGUUGGAGCGGUACAGCUCAUAUCCAAUUUCAACACGGCAGCAUUCCUAAAAAAUUUCAAGACAGACAACGUGAGACAGUGAGGGACAGGGCAAGAUCCUGGAUGUUCCUUGAGCAAACAACUGGAGGCAGAGUUUGUGUCCAGUUUAUUUAGUGAGUUAAACUGGAUGCAGUGAACCGCUGUGCCGACUGACAGCCGAACAAGGACUUUGUUAAUGUGGCAGAAAGACAUGAUGACAGAGAAAAAGACAGACUACUUGAUGAGCUGCAGGAGGCGAACAAUGUGAUUUUUCAUCCUGACAUUAGUGUCUAUCAGCAGCUGUUUUACAUUUAAGUGCUACAUUUGUAUCCCCUCAGACAUUUGCUUCUGAAGCCAUCUGUAAUGUUUGCUGCCUGAAAACCAAACCUGCUGAUGAAAUAAUCACUCUGGUUUCAGACACGGUUUGCUCUUGAGUCCAGGUGUUGCACAAAUACUCAGGAGAGUUUGCAGCAAUUUUUGGCUUUGGAUACAAACAGGAAUGGAAAGCAGGGACCCACAGUCCAAUGAAGGGGGAGGCAGAGGGAAAGAGAAUGAUGGAGAGAAAGAUAAACACCUAAAGAACAAACUCAACAGUGAGGAAAAAGGAGUGAAAGAGAACAACGUGAGCGAGAAAGAGAAGAAGAAAGAGAAACAGCGCUCGGGGUCUUUUUGGAGGAGCGGAUGGGCUUUAAGUGAAAGGCUGGCAAUCAAUGUUUCAGGAAUGCGGUACGAAACUCAGCUUCGCACCUUAGCUCAGUUCCCUGACUCCAUGCUUGGUGAUCCCAGGAGGAGGUCACGAUACUUUGACCCUCUUCGAAAUGAGCUCUUCCUGGACCGUAACCGGGCCUGCUUUGAUGCCAUUUUGUACUUUUACCAGUCAGGUGGGAGGCUUCGUCGGCCUGCAAACAUACCCCUGGACAUCUUUAUGGAUGAGCUGAUGUUCUAUGAACUUGGAGAAGACAUUGUGAACCGCUUCAAGGAGGAUGAGGGUUUUCCAAAAGAAGAAGAGAGGCCCUUGCCAUCUAAUGAAAUCCAGAAAAAACUGUGGAUGCUGUUUGAGCACCCUGAAUCUUCAUCAGGUGCACGUAUCAUCGCCAUCAUCAGUGUGAUGGUUAUUGUGGUGUCCAUUCUCAUCUUCUGCCUGGAGACACUACCUGACUUCAAGAAAGAGGAGCACCAGUCCACUGCAAAGAAUGGUUCUGACAUGCCUCCUCCCCCAAGCGUUUUCCAUGACCCCUUCUUCAUGGUGGAGACAAUAUGUAUAUGCUGGUUCUCCUUUGAGCUUCUCAUGCGCUUUGCUUGCUGCCCCAGCAAGACACAAUUCUUUAAAGAUAUCAUGAACAUCAUUGACUUCAGUGCCAUCUUACCUUAUUUUGUUACUCUGGGAACAGAACUAGCCAAAGACAAUGACGCAUCUCCAGCCACAUCCUUGGCGAUCAUCAGAGUCAUCAGGCUCGUGAGGGUCUUUAGGAUCUUUAAGCUGUCUCGGCACUCCAAGGGCCUCCAGAUCCUUGGUCAAACACUAAGGGCCAGCAUGCGUGAGCUAGGACUGCUUAUCUUCUUCCUAUUCAUUGGCGUUAUUCUGUUUUCCAGUGCCGUCUACUUUGCAGAAGCUGACCAUGAUAAAACUGAUUUUGUUAGUAUACCACAUGGCUUCUGGUGGGCAGUUGUUACCAUGACCACAGUGGGAUAUGGUGAUAUGUAUCCAGCGACAGUGUGGGGAAAACUGGUGGGCUCCAUGUGUGCAAUUGCUGGUGUUCUUACCAUCUCACUUCCGGUGCCUGUCAUAGUGUCCAACUUUAGUUACUUUUACCACCGAGAGACUGAAUGUGAAGAUCGAAGUGAGUACACUCAUGUCCAGACAUCUCUGUGGGAGGAUGAGGAGCCUGAAGGUGAGGAAGCAGAGGAAGGAGACAGGGAUCCAGAGGCAGAUUAUUAUGCUAUUGAAGGAACCUUCUGCAACCCUCUGAAUGGGACUUUGCUUGGUGGACUAUGCACAGGGCAGACCUCAGAGUACACAGGAGGAAAUAUGUAUCUGAGGGAACCAUUGGUUACUCAAGUUUGAGUGUGCUUUUCAACCUUAAAGUUACAAAAGGAAAAUCCUGAAAAUGAAAAGUAAAUAAUUAAGCAUAAUGAUGUACAAGUAGAAUUAUAUUACAAAAGCUUGAUAUCCUGAGGAGGGACAUUAGUUAACCUGAAACUGGCAAUCCAACACCAUUUGUGUAGUUUAGCAGCAAUAUACCUUCUUAUGACCUCUCCUUGUUUCUUUAUAAUUAUUUUUUACUGUACUAGUCAAUCAAAUGUCUCUGAAAAACAACUUUUCAACAGCAAAGAUUUCAAAAACACAAUUUUUCUUUCUCAGGGUCAUGAUAUAUAAUUAACAUGAGCUAUUAUUUAUGAAUGCAGCCAGCUUGAGAUGAAAAUUACUUUCUGAAUUUCUGUGCCUUGAAACUAUGAUGUCUUAGUUAUUUUGCCUUAAAGUUUGAAGUGGUUUAUUGGCGAGAAAGAUGUCUCAUGUCACCGUAACUCAUCCAAACACUAGCGAUGCUGCCACUGGAAACUGAAAUUACUCUUAUAACAAUUCCACAUCCACAACAUUCUUCUGUGAACAAUUCUGAAUUUGAUGUUUUAAGAGUUUUGCCUACAAGGCCGUGUUCCCUAAUGCACUGUAACCUACUGUAUGUUUUGGAUGCUUUAGAAUAGUAGUGUGUGAAUCUGCUUAAUUAUGCAAUUAUUAUUUUUAAUAAAGAUUAUAUUUUAUUUAUUUUCUUAAAUGUUUUUGUUAUCUGUGAACACCACUGACAACAUUUUAUGUUAAAAUAAUGUAUGUCUGUGACAAUGAAAAAAAAAAACCAUUUGGCUUUUGUAUUAAGCAUUGUUUAUUUAAUAAUUUAUUAAUAUACAUAAUGAUACAUCAAACUCAGAGAAAUCUUUAAUUCUUCACUGCAGCAACUCUGUCCCAGAGGAAGUCUGAUUUAUGUUUGCAUUUUCAUGAUUUCCAUUCUUAACAGUGACAAAGCUUUUUUCAUACGGUAAGCUUCUUGUGAUACGGGAAAAACUCAUGAAACUUUCCACUACAUCACAGUGAUGGCCAGCGGAAGGUAUGUAGACUAUGUAACCUUGCUGGUGUAAAUCACUUUGCACAUUUUGCUUUGUCAGUUUAAUGUUCAAUAAAGGUUGAAUGGAUAAAAUAACAUUUUUACGGGAUAAAAACCAGAUCUCUGUCUACGGGAAGAGAUGAGUAAUGAAAGAAAACUCUAACACAAUAAUUGCAAAAUGUGAGAAAACUGCAUGUUGUUUUUAUAGAUAUGAACUGAUUUACCCUCAAUUUUUACAUGUUUUUAAACGGCUCAUACCAAAGUGGAAUAUAGAAGCGUAUUUCAUUCACUUGAAGACGUCCUUUUCUGCUGGUGUUUAAUGAGCCAGGAACUUUACCAUGAAGAGUAGAGGAUAUCUUUAGAAUUACAGGCUGGUGUCUCAGGACCACAAUAUCAGAACCUUCAUUUUUCAUAAUAGCUACUUGAGGAGAAUUUUCAAGAGUAAGAGUAAAAAAGAGGUUGCAUGAUUGUGCGAAAAUGACAACCGCAGACUAUACUUUCACAAUAACCCUAAACAUUUUAGUAUGUUAACUGGAAAGGACAUGGCAAAAGGAAAAAAAAGGAUAUAAAUGUUAACUGAAAAGUGUAACUGGUACAUUUGCAGUAAUGUUUAUUAUUGUAUAAUUUCCCUGCAAAAAUAAACCUGUUU